GUCAGAAAAAUUGUGACAGUUUGGCUCUUGUUCAUGUGCAGUUUUUACUCAGAUUUUUUUUUUUUUUGCCGCACAUAAGUUUGCAAUUAAAGAAGCUCUCGGCGACAUAUUUAACUCCAACCCGUCAGAGUCCAGAACAGACGUUGUGAUAUCCUGAUCUGCUCAGAUUAACCGUGAAGUCAUGUCAGCCUCAGUGGCUGCGGCUGCUUGGCCCCCGUCCCAACAACUCAAGGAGUCUUGAGGAAUGUGGGUUUGUCCUGCAGUCCGUUCCUACCCCCUCUGUCUCUGUCCCCUCCCCUCCAAACAGAGGUUUCCCAAACUUUUCUCCUUUUUCCCCCUCUCUCCAGUUCACUAUUCCACACCGGGACGCGGAUCCUGUCUCCACGCGCGCGGGGCUCCAGGACGCACGGACCGCUGUAAGCCUCUGCUGUGGAGUACACACCUGCACCUGGUCUGGAUCUGGUCUAAGUUCCUGCUGCUCACUCCGGAUCCGCACGCUGCACAGCAGGGGAGCCGAAGCGGCGGGCGAUUGGGUCGGAGGGACUGCCCGGCAGACCAAUGGGAUCAGGGAAGCUGGUUCAAGUGCUGCUCGGAUGGACGGUGGCGUGUCUGUGGCCGGCUCACCUCGCUGUUGGGGAAACUGGAAAUGGACCUUACCAAGCUAGCCGCUUCACUGGGAGCGUGGAUCAAAAGGAAAUACAGCGGGUUCGGCGCCGUGGCCAGGAGACUCUGAGAGGACCGAAUGUGUGCGGCUCACGCUUCAACUCGUACUGCUGCCCGGGCUGGAAGACCCUGGCGGGGGGGAACCAGUGUAUUGUCCCCAUUUGCAGGAGUUCCUGCGGCGAUGGGUUCUGCUCCAGACCCAACAUGUGCACCUGCUCCAAUGGUCAGCUCUCCCCCAACUGUGGAGGAGGAGCAGGAAUUCAGUCCUGUAAUGUCAGGUGCAUGAACGGAGGCAGCUGCAUGGAGGACUCCUGCUUGUGUCCGAAGGGAUAUUCCGGCGGCCACUGCGGACAACACUACAGAACUGGACCGUGCUUCACCCAGGUGAACAACCAGAUGUGCCAGGGCCAGCUCAGUGGAAUCGUCUGCACUAAAACGCUUUGCUGCGCCACCAUUGGCCGAGCCUGGGGCCACCCCUGCGAGCAGUGUCCCGCCCAGCCGCACCCCUGCAGACGAGGCUUCAUCCCGAACAUCCGCACCGGCGCCUGCCAAGAUGUGGAUGAGUGCCAGGCAGUGCCUGGUUUGUGUUCUGGAGGCAACUGUAUCAACACUGUGGGAUCCUAUGAAUGUAAAUGCCCUGCUGGUCACCGUCAAAGCGAAACCAGCCACAAAUGUGAAGAUAUUGAUGAAUGUAGCACCAUUCCUGGAGUGUGUGACGGAGGAGAGUGCACCAACACCGCUGGCAGCUACGUCUGCACUUGUCCGCGAGGCUACAUCUCCAGCACAGACGGCUCCAGAUGUGUCGAUCAGCGCGUGGGCACCUGCUUCUCCGCUCUGGCCAAUGGUCGCUGUGCCGCAGAGCUGAACGGCCAGUACACCAAAAUGCAGUGCUGCUGCGAAACAGGACGCUGCUGGGCUUUGGGGCAGAUUCCAGAAAUGUGUCCCGUCCGGGGCUCUGAUGAGUACAGGCGCCUUUGCAUCGUUGGUGUUCCCCAAAUACACGGCAUCCCUCACAGCUUCCCCAAUGGAUAUUUCCCUAGCAACAAUGGUAACCAUGGAUUCAAGUUCCCCAGUAUUACAAACGGGAACGGAAAUGGCAACGGCAACGGUAAUGGUCACGGCAAUGGGGGUAACGGAGGAGGAGGGAGCUUUGGCGGCAAUGGUGGAAGCUACGGAGGCAAUGGAGGGUCAACUUACCAACACAUAGGCGCCGUCUCCCUGAACGAAACCAUCGAUGUGUGCAAACAUCUAACAAACCUGUGCUUGAACGGACGCUGCAUACCGACUGCUUCAAGCUACCGCUGCGAGUGCAACAUGGGCUACAAGCAGGACAUCCGACGGGAGUGUAUCGAUGUGGAUGAAUGCCUGAAUAAUCCAUGCAUCAAUGGAGACUGUGUCAACACUCCUGGAUCAUACCACUGCAAAUGCCAUGAGGGAUACCAGGGAACUCCAACCAAGCAAGCGUGUAUCGACAUCGAUGAGUGUAUCGUGAACGGAGUGAUGUGCCGCAAUGGCCGCUGCGUCAACACAGAGGGCAGCUUUCAGUGCAUCUGCAACGCUGGCUUUGAGCUCACCUCCGACGGAAAGAACUGCAUCGAUCACGACGAGUGCGCCACCACCAACAUGUGUCUGAACGGCAUGUGCAUCAACGAGGACGGCAGCUUUAAAUGCAUCUGCAAGCCGGGAUUUACUUUAGCACCUAACGGACGCUACUGCACCGACAUCGAUGAGUGUCAGACUCCUGGGAUCUGCAUGAACGGCCGCUGCAUCAACUCUGAAGGCUCCUUCCGGUGCGAGUGCCCCCCCGGCCUGGCUGUGGACGUGGAUGGACGCGUGUGCGUGGACACGCACAUGAGGACGACUUGCUACGGCGCCAUAAAGAUGGGCACGUGUUCUCGACCCUUCCCGGGCGCAGUCACCAAGUCUGAGUGCUGCUGCGCCAGUCCAGAACACGGGUUUGGACAGCCCUGCCAGCCCUGCCCGUCCAGAAACUCAGCUGAGUUCAAGGCUGUGUGCAGCAGUGGGAUCGGCAUCACGACUGAUGGUAGAGACAUUAAUGAGUGCGCCUUGGAUCCAGACAUUUGCCAGAACGGUAUUUGUGAGAAUCUGAUAGGAAGCUAUCGCUGCAUCUGUAACAUUGGCUAUGAGUCGGACACCAGUGGAAAGAACUGCUUUGACAUCAACGAGUGUCUGGUGAACCGACUGCUCUGCGACAACGGUCUGUGCAGAAACACUCCGGGCUCCUACACCUGCACCUGUCCUAAAGGAUACGUCUUCAAACCCGACUCAGAGACCUGUGAAGAUAUCAACGAGUGCGAGUCAAAUCCAUGCGUCAACGGAGCGUGCCGCAACGUGGCAGGAUCCUUCCACUGCGAGUGCGCCCACGGCAGCAAGCUGGACCCCACCAACACCAUCUGUGUGGACAGCAUGAAGAGUACCUGCUGGCUCACUAUACAGGAUAACCGCUGCGAGGUCAACAUCAACGGCGCCACGCUGAAGUCUGAGUGUUGCUCUACAUUGGGAGCAGCCUGGGGAAGCCCCUGUGAGCCCUGUGAAAUCGAUACUGCGUGUUCUCGAGGGUUUGCUCGCAUGAAGGGCCUGGUCUGUGAAGACAUCGAUGAGUGUGAAGUUUUCCCUGGAGUUUGCACGAACGGACGAUGUGUGAACACGCAGGGCUCCUUCCUCUGCGAGUGUGCCGAGGGUCUGACCCUGGACAGCACCGGUCGCACGUGUGUUGACAUGCGCAGUGAGCUGUGCUACAAGAAAUGGCAUGAAGACGAGUGCGGCGAGCCUUUGCCAGGAAAGUAUCGCCUGGACAUGUGUUGCUGCACUGUGGGGGCUGCCUGGGGGGUCGAUUGUGAGGAAUGUCCUAAAGAAGACACACCAGAAUUUAAAGCUAUUUGUCCUAGAGGGCCUGGCUUUGCUAACAGAGGAGAUAUCCUGACGGGAAGACCUUUCUACAAAGAUGUGAACGAGUGUAAGGUGUUCCGCGGGCUGUGCACUCAUGGAAAUUGCAGAAACACCAUCGGCAGCUUCAAAUGUCGCUGCAACAGCGGCUUCACCCUCACUGCUGAGGAGAGGAACUGCACAGACAUAGACGAAUGCCGCAUUUCCCCUGACCUGUGCGGCCAUGGCACAUGCGUCAACACACCUGGAAGCUUUGAGUGCGAGUGCUUUGAGGGAUAUCAGAGCGGCUUCAUGAUGAUGAAGAACUGCAUGGAUAUUGAUGAAUGCGAGACAAACCCUGCACUGUGUUUUGGAGGAACCUGCCUGAACACUGAUGGAAGUUAUGAGUGUGAAUGUCCUUCUGGUUACCUGCUCAGUAGUGAAGGAUCUGUUUGUGAAGAUAUGAACGAGUGUCAGCUGAGUGACAACUUGUGCAAAAAUGGACAGUGUGUCAACAUGCCGGGGACCUACCAGUGCUCUUGUGACACCGGUUACCAGGCAACCCCAGACCGACAGGGCUGCGUGGAUAUUGACGAGUGCACCAUCAUGAAUGGAGGCUGUGAGACCCACUGUACCAACUCGGAGGGCAGCUAUGAGUGUAGCUGCACAGAAGGAUACGCUCUGAUGCCGGAUCUCAGGACGUGUUCAGAUAUUGAUGAGUGUGAGGAGACUCCAGACAUCUGUGAUGGAGGCCAGUGCACCAACAUCCCCGGUGAAUAUCGCUGUCUGUGUUUCGAUGGAUUCAUGGCCUCCAUGGACAUGAGGACCUGCAUCGAUGUGAAUGAAUGCGAUUUGAACCCAAACAUCUGUCUCCAUGGCGACUGUGAGAACACCAAAGGCUCCUUCAUCUGCCACUGUCAGCUGGGAUACUUUGUCAAAAAAGGAUCAACGGGCUGCACAGACAUCGACGAGUGUGAGAUCGGAGCUCAUAACUGUGACAUGCACGCCGCCUGUUUCAACGUACCUGGAAGCUUCAAAUGCCGCUGCCAGGCGGGCUGGGUCGGGGACGGGAUCAAGUGUGUGGACCGAGACGAAUGCUCUCUGGAAGACAACAGUUGCCACCACAAUGCCGACUGUGUCAACACUCCAGGGUCGUACAGGUGCAUGUGCAAAGACGGCUUCAACGGAGAUGGCUUUACGUGCUCAGACAUGGAUGAGUGUGCAGACAACGUGAACCUCUGCGAGAACGGCCAGUGUCUGAACGCUCCGGGAGGCUACCGCUGCGAGUGCGAGAUGGGCUUCACUCCCACGGAGGACAGCAAAGCCUGUCAAGACAUCGAUGAGUGCAAUUUCCAGAACAUCUGUGUUUUCGGGACUUGCCAGAACCUUCCGGGGAUGUUCCGCUGUGUGUGCGAUGACGGUUACGAACUGGACCGCAGUGGAGGAAACUGCACUGAUAUCAACGAGUGUGCCGACCCUGUGAACUGCAUCAACGGGAUUUGUGUCAACACUCCAGGGAGCUAUUUGUGUAACUGUCCAGGAGACUUUGAGCUCAACCCCACUGGUGUGGGCUGUGUGGACAACCGUGUUGGAAACUGCUACCUGGACAUUCUUCCCCGUGGCGAUGGAGGACUGUCCUGCGCCGCAGAGGUCGGCGUCGGUGUGACCCGUGCUUCCUGUUGCUGCGCCAAGGCAGUAGCUUGGGGGAACCCGUGCGAACUCUGCCCGCCUCCCAACUCCACCGAAUACAAGACUCUGUGCCCAGGAGGGGAGGGGUUUAGACCUAAUCCUAUUACCGUCAUCCUGGAAGAUAUUGACGAGUGCCAGGAGCUGCCAGGUCUGUGCCAAGGUGGAAACUGCAUCAACACCUUUGGUAGUUUCCAGUGUGAGUGUCCAGCCGGCUACUAUCUCAAUGAAGACACUCGCAUCUGUGAAGAUAUUGAUGAAUGUGUGACGCACAUCGGUAUUUGUGGUCCGGGAACUUGCUACAACACUUUUGGAAACUACACCUGUGUCUGUCCGCCUGAAUACAUGCAGGUCAACGGAGGAAACAACUGUAUGGACAUGAGGAAGAGUGUCUGCUACCGCAACUUCAACGAUACCUGUGAGAACGAGCUCUCCUUCAACAUGACCAAGAAGAUGUGCUGCUGCGCCUAUAACGUGGGGAAAGCUUGGAACAAGCCGUGUGAGGCCUGUCCCACUCCUGCCACCAUUGAGUACCAGCUGCUGUGUGGUAACCAGGCUCCUGGCUUCAUCAUUGACAUCCACACUGGCAAACCAAUCGAUAUCGAUGAAUGCAGGGAGAUCCCAGGAAUCUGUGCGAACGGCGUGUGCAUCAACCAGAUUGGCAGUUUCCGCUGUGAAUGCCCAAUGGGUUUCAGCUACAACAACAUUUUACUGAUUUGUGAAGAUAUUGAUGAAUGCAACAGCGGAGACAACUUGUGCCAGCGCAACGCCAACUGCAUCAACAUUCCCGGCAGUUACCGCUGCGAGUGCUCUCCAGGAUUCAAACUGUCUCCGAGCGGCGCCUGUCUGGAUCGUAACGAGUGCCAGGAGAUUCCUAACGUGUGCAGUCAUGGAGAGUGCAUCGACACACAGGGCAGCUACCGCUGUCUGUGCCACAAUGGCUUCAAGGCCACCGCCGACCAGACCAUGUGCAUGGACAUCGACGAGUGUGAGAGGCAGCCGUGUGGAAACGGUACCUGUAAGAACACGGUGGGAUCCUACAACUGCCUCUGUUUCCCCGGAUUCGAGCUCACUCACAAUAAUGACUGCAUGGACAUCGACGAGUGCAGCGCCCUCCAAGGCCAAGUGUGCAGGAACGGACAGUGCAUCAACGAGCUCGGCUCCUUCCAGUGUCUCUGCCAUGAAGGUUAUGAAAACACACCUGACGGGAAGAACUGUAUCGACAUCAACGAGUGCCUGAGCUUUCCUGGAACAUGUUCUCCUGGAACCUGCCAGAACCUGGAUGGGUCUUUCAGGUGUAUCUGCCCGCCUGGCUAUGAGGUGCAGAAUGAGCAGUGUAUAGACAUCAAUGAAUGUGAUGUGGAGCCCAACAUCUGCCAGUUUGGCACCUGCACCAACACACCUGGCAGCUUCCAGUGCUCCUGCCAGCCGGGUUUCGUGCUCUCCGAUAACAAACGGCGCUGCUACGACACCAGAGAGAGCUUCUGCUUCACCAAAUUCGAAGGAGGAAAAUGCACCGUGCCCAAAGCCUUCAACACCACCAAGGCCAAGUGCUGCUGCAGCAAGAUGCCUGGAGAGGGCUGGGGAUUCCCCUGCGAACUGUGCCCAAACCAGAACGAUGCUGCGUUUAACACGUUGUGUCCAUUCGGGCACGGAGCUUUACCGGGACCGGAUGACGCUCGCGAGGAUAUGAACGAGUGUCUGGAAAACCCUGGAAUCUGCCAGAAUGGGAUCUGCAUUAACACAGACGGUUCGUUUCGAUGCGAAUGCCCGUUCGGAUACAACCUGGAUUUCACUGGAGUCAAUUGUGUCGACACGGAUGAGUGCUCCAUAGGAAACCCAUGUGGAAAUGGGACCUGCACCAAUGUUGUGGGGGGGUUCGAGUGCUCCUGCCAGGAGGGUUUUGAACCAGGACCCAUGAUGACUUGUGAAGAUGUCAAUGAGUGCUCCCAGAAUCCUUUGCUUUGUGCCUUCCGCUGUGUUAACACCUUUGGGUCCUAUGAGUGCAUGUGUCCUGCUGGAUAUGUGCUGCGAGACGACCAGCGCAUGUGUAGAGACCAGGACGAGUGCUCAGAGGGAAUGGAUGACUGCGAAUCCAAAGGCAUGACCUGUAAGAACCUGAUCGGUACCUUCAUGUGUAUCUGCCCGGCUGGGAUGCAGCGGCGGCCAGAUGGUGAAGGGUGUAUGGACCUGAACGAAUGCCGUGCCAAACCUGGAAUCUGCAAGAAUGGGCGCUGUAUCAACACAGUGGGCAGCUACCGCUGUGAGUGCAAUGACGGCUUCGAGCCAAGCUUGACGGGAACUGAAUGCAUUGACAACAGGAAAGGCUUCUGCUACACAGAGGUUCUGCGGACCAUGUGCCAGCAGUCCUCCACCAACAGAAACAGCGUGACGAAGUCGGAGUGCUGCUGCAACGUGGGUCGAGGCUGGGGUCCACAGUGUGAACUCUGCCCUCUACCGGGCACCGUACAAUACAAGAAGAUGUGCCCACUCGGACCUGGAUACACCACCGAUGGUCGAGACAUCAACGAAUGCCAGGUGAUGCCGGAUCUGUGUCGGAACGGCCAGUGCAUCAACACCAUCGGAUCUUUCCGCUGCCACUGUAACAUCGGAUACAAAGCCGACUUCACGGCAACGUCCUGUGUUGAUAUGGAUGAGUGCUCUCUGUCUCCAAAGCCCUGUAACUUCCUGUGUAAAAACACAGAGGGCAGCUACAUUUGCUCCUGCCCCAGAGGAUACACCCUGCAGCCAGAUGGCAAGACAUGCAAAGAUCUGGAUGAAUGCUCAACCAAGCAGCACAACUGCCAGUUCCUCUGUGUGAACACCAUCGGAGGCUUCACCUGCAAGUGUCCUCCAGGCUUUAGUCAGCACCAGACUGCCUGUAUCGACAACAAUGAGUGUGCGGCCCCCAACGGUGUGUGUGGAUCCCGGGCUUCGUGCAUAAACACUCCCGGGAGUUUCAACUGUGAAUGCUCUAAAGGUUUCUCAUUGGACAACACAGGAAUAGAGUGCGAAGAUGUGGAUGAGUGCAGCAGUAACCAUCGCUGCCAGCACGGCUGUCAGAACAUGAUGGGAGGUUACCGCUGUGGCUGUCCUCAGGGCUACGUCCAGCACUACCAGUGGAACCAGUGUGUGGAUGAAAACGAGUGUCAGUCCGGGACGAUCUGUGGCUCCGCCUCCUGCUACAACACUCUGGGCAGCUUCAAGUGCACGUGUCCCUCCGGCUUUGAGUUUGAGCAGAACGCCGGCGGCUGCCAAGACGUGAACGAAUGCUCAAUGGGUUCAAACCCCUGCAUCUACGGAUGCUCCAACACCGACGGAGGCUACCAGUGCGGCUGCCCGGGAGGGUUCUUCAGAGCGGGACAGGGUCACUGUAUCACCGGCUCAGGUUUCCCAGGCCAGCUCCUGGAGGACGAGGAGGACAGUCUGUCCCCUGAGGCCUGCUAUGAGUGUAAAAUCAACGGAGGCGGGAAGAAUGGAAAACACAAGCGCAGUACGGAUGAGAAUGAUCUCAAGGAGGAGCCGGCGGUCAGCAUGGCAAGUGUGGACACGCAGGCCUACCUCCCAAUGAACCUCUCUCUGGCCUCGCUGCUCAACAAAGAGCCUCUCCUGGAGCUCCUGCCCGCCCUUCAGCCCCUGGAGCACCACGUCCGCUACGUCAUCACCCACGGCAACGCCGACGAACACUUCCGCCUGCUGGAGCGCCGAGACGGGAAGAGUCUGCUCCGGCUCGGCAAGAGGCCGCCCCCUCCGGGGUCUUACCGGCUAGAGAUCACCAGCAUGCCGCUGUUUGGGCCCCGCAAGCUGCAUCAGCUGGAGGAUCAGCACGACAGUGACUAUCUACGAGGGGAGAUAGGAGACGCUCUGCGGAUCAAGCUCCACAUCCACCUGCACUGAGUCCAGCUCCGGACUGAGAGUUUGAACCGCUGAUCGAGUAGCUCCGCCUCCCACGAGACCAUCAGACCCAUGGGGAGGGGGGGUAAUAAGGGCUAUGAAAGACUGAGUCGAUCAGCCCAACUCUACCACCACUUUUGUUACUGUUCACAUUAUAUUUGUUCUGAUUUACUCCCAGCUUCAGUCAUUCUCCACGAGAGCCAGAGAGGUUCUUUUGUGCUCGGACCUCCUCAUCCAGCCCGUUAGAGGGCGGGAUCGCUUCAAUCAGGGGUUUUUCAUGAAAAUACAUCUUUGUUUUUGUAUCUUAGUGUUGUCGAGAUAUCUAAAGAACUGGUCCAAGGACUUUACAUCCUCUCUGGGAUCUUGUGAAACACACUGGGGGGAAAGGUUGGCCCCUCCCACUGUUGAAGAGCAUCAUUGUAAUGUAUUUGUUUAAACACGAAGGACUGCAACGUUUUCAUCAGGUUCACAGCGUCCAUCUCCUCACAGCUGGAUGCCAACAAAACCUCAGAUGAGAAGACAGCUGAGAAGCUGUGUUCUGUUACCUCAGUUCCUCUCACCAACCAUGUGCACCACGCUGUGAUGCUGGCUUUAGAACUAAAGGGGGCGCUAGAGUCCCUCGGCAGCCGUCAUGUGCAGGGAAUAGACCGUUUGUAGAGUAGACUUUAAAGAAGGUAGAUCCGGUCAUGUCUGGAAUCCUCUGAGGGAUUGUGUGUGCUCAUUUUUCACAAGAGUUUUACUCCGUGUCAGCUAUCAGAGGAUCACAUUCUAAAAUCACUUCAGGAGAUGAAGCCGACUUUAUCUGACUUCUUUAACUUUACUGUAACGUCUGAGGAGCAGCCGUCUCCGCGGUACAUGACAUGGUAGCUGUAACUACAAGUGGUGCUUUUGUGGAGACACGAAAACAUGGAGAGAAAUCAGUAUCAACCCCAUUUGUGUGUGCGUAAUUCCUGAUUUCUGCGUACGUAAUUCCUGAUUUCUGCGUGUGUAAUUCCUGAUUUGUGCGUAUCUUUAGAUUUGUGUGUGCGUAAUUCCUGAUAUGUGCGUAACUUUGGAUUUGUGUGCAUAAUUUCUGAUUUCUGCGUACGUAAUUCCUGACUUAUGCGUAACUUUGGCUGUGUUUGUGCAUAAUUCCUGAUUUGUGCGUAACUUUGGAAUUGUGUGUGCGUAAUUCCCGAUUUCUGCGUAACUUUGGAUUUGUGCGUACGUUUCCCUGAUUUCUGCGUGUGCAAUUUCCUCAUUUGUCCAUAACUUUGGAAUUGUGUGUGCGUAAUUCCCGAUUUCUGCGUAACUUUGGAUUUGUGUGCGUAAUUUCUGAUUUCUGCGUAACUUUGGAUUUGUGUGCGUAAUUUCUGAUUUCUGCGUACGUAAUUCCUGAUUUGUGCGUAACUUUGGAUUUGUGCGUACGUUUCCCUGAUUUCUGCAUGUGCAAUUCCUGAUUUGUCCAUAACUUUGGUUGUGUGUGCGUAAUUCCUGAUUUGUGUGUAACUUUGGAAUUGUGUAUGCGUAAUUGUUGUUUUGUAGCUCAUAAUACAUUUUGUGCAUAAGUACAAAAAUUGCUAAAUUAAAAAAUUAAAAAAACACAAAAAACAAUGUACACAACCGCAAAUUAAAAUUACAACAGCUCGAAACUAAUUACACAUGAAAAUCUUUUAAAAUUAGACACACAUAACUUGUCACGCACACACAAAACCUCAGUGACGCACGAAUCUGUGGAGAGACUCUUUUCACAUUUCAUAAAUUUGUCCGUAAAUGAUGCGUUUAAAUACUGCUAGAAUGCUCAGUCAUCAGAGUUUUCUAAUCAGUUGUUAUAAUCAUAGAUUGUGAAAAAUAUCUGGUAAAAUUUGACAUUUUCUCAAGCAGAUAAUUAACAUAAAAAGUCUAAACAAGCAUUUUAUCCCGGCGCCAGCAGAGAGGAAGCAAUCAGUUCUGGGAAUUUUUUUUUUAUUUGUAAAUGAAUAAAUGUUCUUAUUUAGACUUUUUUAUAAUAAUUAUCGGGAAUUUCUAUUUAAAUAAGUGGGAAAAUGUCAAGUUUUGCCGAUUAUUCUGUUAUUCUGAUUAUUAUUAUUAUUAUUAUAUCCAAGUUCAAAGAAAACUGUGAUGACCGAGCAAUCUAGGAGUAUUUAAACGCGUCACUUAUGGAAGAAUUUGAGACGUGACGAGUCUCACCACAGAUUUGUGUGUAACUCAGGUUUUGUGUCAGCGUAAUAAGGGAUUUGUGUGUAAAUUUGAAAGAUUUUCAUGUGUAAUUAGUUUCAAGCUGUUGUAAUUUUAAUUUGUGAAUUUAUUUUGUAUUUUUUUAAUUUUGUCAUUUUUGUACUUAUGCACAAAAUGUAUUAUAUGAGUUACAAAUCAAGAAUUUUGCACGCACAAAUCGGGGUGAUACUCAUUUCUCUCCAUACAAAAAAGAAAUAAAACACACAAACUUCUGUCAGGUCAUUUCAACAUUCUCUCAAUGAAAAGGUGCUAAAAAGAAAACAUCUGCUAAACUGUACAAAGAAAGUGCAGUCUUGAAUCUGGAGUUGCUUUAUUGUUGUGUAUGUUUUCUUUUGUCGUCUUAAAUACAAUAUUAUGCUUCUUGAGAAUGAAAUUGUAUAUUUUUAAAUGAAAUGUAGAUUUCCUUUCCUCUUGUUUCCAUUUCCGUUCAGUUUGAAGGUUCUGUGUAGGCGGGAAACCCUCCUGCUGCUCCGUAUUCGUCCAUCACUGACUCUACUAUCCAAAACCAGCAGAAAUAAACUUUUUGUUGUGUUUUAUCCCUAAAACAAGGAGCAGUUAACCCUUGAAAUCAUGCUGGUUCCUCUCUGUUCCCCACAAUCCAUGGAUUGUAGAUGGAGAAACUUCAUGUGCAUUGUAUCUUUCUUCUUCAUUUCUUAUUCUUUUGCUGCUUUUUUUUUUUUUUUUUUUUAAGGGACGUGAGCUCACUGUAUCCUCGCUUCAGUGUCAAACUUGAAUAUUGUCACUAUCAUCUGUCUGUGUUGUGUUCUCAGAAAACAAGGGGCAGGUUAUUUUUGUUUGUUUUAGAUUUAGACCUGGUGAUGUUUAGGUGAAGCUGAUGACAAUCAUCCAGUCACACCCACCAGCUAAGGAGGAAAACCAAAGAGUCUUUUUUGUGUACCAUCAGGGCCAUGCAUUUGGUUUUGUAAACUUCUUCCACUGACAUUUGCAGCAAUAAAUUUUUGUGGGUUAAA